AUGCUUUCAGACUUACUGUGCCUGUUUGAGAUGAUUUCGAUCGGACCAUCUUUUUCAAAAAAGCCGAGUGUGAUGAAGGGAGGUCUUGGGAACAACUGUCCUCCAAAUCAAUAUGCUCCUGAAAUUAAAGACAUUACUCUCACUCUACUGGGGAACUCCGAAGUCAAGAUUCCAUUAGAACGAAAGGAAGAUGCAUUCGUCGCUGAAUCACUGCUACCUCUCAACCUUCUCAAAACAACCAUAGAGCACCUCCCAACUCUAGCGAUGAGGGUCCGGCUGACUAUUCCAACAUCGUAUUUCAGCAUUGAAGGACUUAUAAAUCUGAACUUGGAACAGCCGUCAACAACACCCGCUGCUGAGAAGAUUCUGGCAAAAAUACUGAAUGGCGAAAAGCCUCCCGGAUACGAUUGGGUGAUUACCGUAGCGGAAGGAUCUCCGAGAGAGUACUUUGUUCACAGGAAAGUUCUCGAAGAUGCAAGUCCUACUUUGAAAGUCGUCUUUCAUACACACACUUCACUUCCUUCUGAGCAAUUACUAAUGGUUUCUCAUGAAGAUCGUUGUAUUUUCACAACCACUCACGCAUCGGAUAUGAAGACGAUUUUGACCUAUUUUUACCUCCGCCAAUUUGACAUUCCUGCGUAUGAUGCGUUCGCUCGUGUGGGAAGAACACUUUGUUGGCUCUUCCCACAAGAAAUAAUUUCAAGCUUCUUCGAAUACUGGGAAGUUGCCAUUGUUCGUGAUCUCCUUAAGACCGAUGUGAGUUUUAAUGUUACGAGACUUGCUGGUUAA